AUGGCUAACUUGAAAAUUUGUCUGUGUUUGUUCCUGAUCUGCGUUUCGUUGUCGCCAUCAUCAGCAUCUCGGCCGCUGCAGCAGCGGUUUGCGAACGCUUACGGAACUAAACGUGGGCGUAUGAUGAGAGAAGCAGAGAAAGUGUUGAAAGCUAAUAUGGAAAAGCUAAUGGAGAGAGGUUUUAAUGAGCCCAUGAGACUUAGCCCUGGAGGUCCCGACCCUCGUCAUCACUGA